GAAAUUGAGUUUCUGGAAAAAAAAACCCCUCCAAAAAUGAAGUCAAAUGGCGAGGAGCUGUAGUGUCUUUUUUAUCCGUAGUGGUUUCACGGUAAUUGACGGUGUGGUUAAGUCAAAGAUGUCGGCUCCACCCGCCGAAUCGCUUCACAUGUCGACGCCGAGUUUUGUGGGGUGUGCUUCAGCCGGGCGCCGUUUCCCCUGUCGCCACGUUCCACCUUUGCUGAGCCGACACAGUUUAAUGUCCCCGGCGGAGACUUUUGAAUGGAUAUCCCUUUGUCAAGAUGGCGGCCGUGCGUGGUUCAUUUUUCCCGACCGAAGUGGUCAGCCCAGAGAGUUACCAGACAAAUGGCAGCAUGACAUGUUCGAGGAGCAUGUUGGUGGACGCAGAAGCCAACCCGCAGAGGCUGAACGAAGUGUAGAAAGUAGUGGAAAGCUGCUGGUUUCCAACCUGGACUUUGGCGUCUCUGAUUCGGAUAUCACGGAGCUGUUUUCAGAGUUUGGGCCUUUAAAAAAAACGACGGUACACUACGACCGCUCUGGCCGCAGUAAAGGGACAGCAGAUGUUCACUUUGAAAACAAGGCAGAUGCACAAAAAGCCAUGAAGCAUUAUAACGGAGUCCCACUUGAUGGCCGCCCCAUGAAAAUCCAGCAAGUGACGUCAGAGGUCGAGUCACACAGUAGACAAUCGACGCAAAGUUCAACCGGAGGUUUUGACCGGAGCAGACUCGGUCAACCCACGUUUGAAAGGAGGGAACGGCCUGAAAAGAGGCAAGGUGGCAGCAGUGGAGGUUACAGAGGUCGUGGCAGAGGAAGUGGACGAGGAAGAGGAAGUGGAAACAGACCCCAACUUUCUGCAGAGGAGUUGGAUGCCCAGUUGGACGCUUACAACGCCAAGAACCAGAUGGACACCAGUUAGAACCACAGAAGAUGCUGUUCCUGUUCCCAUUUUUAAACUUUUUGGACAUAAAUGAUCAGGUCAAUCUGAUAUGGUGGAUCGGACUUUAUUGUAGCCAUUUUAUUAUAUGGACCAUUCUAUUCUUUUGAUUUUUUUAGCAAUGUGCUCUGGGGCAGUUUUAUGUUUUGAGGAUUUUUCUCUUAGACCACCAGCUCGUUUGCUCUUUUCCACAUGUAUGGACAAUUACCUAAAAGAUCGUGUUUUUGUUUUUUUUAAUUAUCAUUUUUAUUGUCAUUUAAACCUGAUUCAGUGGUUUGACAGGCGGUGUAAUGUACUGAUAAAAUGUUUAUGUACAUAAAUUCAGUCCCUUGGUACUGUAUACUCAACGUGAUGAACUUGUUUCAGAGGGUUUUGUAUAUAAAUACAUUGUAUUCUA